ACAAGAAUAUCCAACUUUUUGGCAAUCACACACUGUAGACAUUCAAUUAGGCAGGGGUGAAAUUAGGUAUAAAUAUGGUAUCUUUAAUCGAGGCGCCGUGGAAUAUGAAGAAGAGAAUGAUAAAUAUAGCCGCACUUUGGACAUAAGUACAAACGAUCAAUAUGACAUGUGGCAAAACAAUAAUCGUUAUAAUAUUUGUAGCCUUGGAGAAUUUGCAUUCAUUAAAUGCAUUUAUGAUGCAGUAAAUACUGAAAACCUUAAGGAUAAGCACUGUCAAAGUAAAGUAGAUAAACGACUUUUUUUAUGUGUUUUCUUGGGAUAUUACUUUAAGGACGCACGUGCUCUCAAUCAUCAAUUACCAACACAUUUUCGUUCUGAUUUGUUAUUUGAAGCUCUCGAAAAUGUUCAGGAGGAUACAUUUACAUCUGAUAUUAAACUAAUAAUGGCUCCAGUUGUCGCUGCUCUAGUUCGUCAUAAUGCCAUUGUAAUGGUAUCAUUUGAUUGGCUUAGGGUAUUUCGGGUGGCGCAGCUUCUUGAUCCAAGAUAUACUUUUGUCGAUGGAAUUUUUGGAGUUCGUUAUGAUAAAGAACAAAUAUCACGAUUGUUGAAGGAAUGGCCGAAAGUAGUCAAACCUUACUU